AUGGUAGACUUGAUCCCCCGCCAUGGAGACCACCACACGGCAAACCUCAAAUAUGGUUAUCUCACGCUCCUUCUCUCUCUCCUCCACACCGCAGCCAUCCCGCUCUCGUCCUACCUCUACCGCAAAAGAUGGCUCGUUACUGGCAAGGCAAACAACUCUCUUCGCUUCUACAGCAAUAUCCCGCUAACUGUCAAGGUUGGGGCCUGGAUCGUGGUAGUGGUCGCCCUUUGCACGUACAAAGUAUCGGCGGAGACGUUCACCACAAACGUCAAACGUGCGGGACGAAUCGCGUACGUGCUCAUUCCGUUUGACAUUCUCCUCGCAUUGAAGCCAUCGCCGCUUGCAAACUAUCUAGAGCUAGUUGCGCUCCACAAAUGGGUGUCGCGCGUGAUUGUGGGCUUGUCGCUCGCCCACGGCGUGGGGUUUCUCGGCGUCUGGAUCGCGCGCGGUGACGGCCAAAUCCUCAAGGUGUUUGAGUUUUUGAACCUCUUGGGGGUGCUCAACUUUCUCCUCUUUGGUACCUUGUUGGUAAUUUCUGUCCGCUACUUCCGCGACAGGCUCUAUCCCUGGUUUUUCGUGGUCCAUCAGGUGACCGUAUGGUCGACCGUGGUGCUCAUUACCUUCCACGCCAGACCGGGCGUCCUCUGGUACUCUCUCAUCUGCACCGCCUUAUUGCUCUUACAGGUGUAUCUCAAAAUCUACUACACCAAAGACAUCUUGUUCCAGGAAGAUAACUUUGUCUCCGCUGAGGGCUCCCUGUUGGUGGUGGUGGCUCUUCCCCGCUCCAAGCUCUCCUAUUCCGCGGAAAUCCAGCCGGCAUCGCACUUGCGGAUCAACAGGCAUACAAAGUAUAACUACAAGACCUGGAUCUUGCCAUCCCACCCGUACACCGUCGCCACCUACGACGACACGGCAGCGUCUUUGAUCGUAAAGAAGACGCAUUUCCAACUACAGCCCAACGUGACGUACUCACUCUUUGGUCCUCCCUUCAAGUCUUCCAUGGCCUUUGAGCAGGAAACCAUCGCCAGCUUGUCGCAUGUCAUCAUCGUCUGCGGGGGCUCGGGUAUCUCUUACGGGUUGCCCAUUCUUAGCCGCUUGCAGAAGAUCAGACAGGAUGCCUCGCACACACAGUCCAACGAGAAUCUCAUGCGGCAGUUGAAGUUGGUGUGGUGUGUGCGCAACAAGGCCGAUAUUUUUGUCUUGGACCACUUGAAGGUUUCCGGCCGGGUUGAGGUUUACGUCACGUCGGGCGUUGACACUUCCAAAGAUGGUGGGAAUGACAUUGAGAUGGAAUCAUUGGAUGAAAGCACUUCCAAUCCGUUCGCAGACCCAAAAAGAGGCUACACGGUUUCCUAUGGGAGACCAAACCUUCCGACCUUGGUAGGCGACUUCAACCAGACCUUAACCGAUAGUAGCAACAGGUGGAUCAUCGCUUGCGGACCCCAGGGGUUGGUGGACGACUGCCGAGGCGUAUCUAAAAAGUUUGGCAUCAACUUCAACCAGGAAGUGUACAGAAUGUAA